AUGCAAUUGGUCUGGCAUAAAGUUAUUUGUAGUAUCCUUAUCUUCAUAUCUGCAUUCUUUGGAUACCUUUGUCCAAUGUUAAUCAACUCAAGUAAAUAUAAAACUAGCAAAUUGGGUUUUGACCCAAUAGAUAUUUUAUGUGCAUUUGGAGGAGGUGCAUUUAUUGCAUUAUCUAUUGUACACUUAAUUCCCGAUGCAUAUACUUCAAGUGAAAAUAAGAUUCUUAUAUUUUCAUUUUAUGGAUCUAAAGUUAAUAGUGUCUGGUAUAUCAUACUUUCUGGCUUUUCCCUAUCUCUUGUAUGUGAAAGUAUAGUUCACGCUUUAUUCCCUCAUAAAACUGAAAUUAUUUGUAAUAAAGAUGAAUCGAAAAUAACUAGUACUAAUGUAUCUGAAAAUUCAUAUAUAGAAGAUUACCAUUCAUUUAAAGUUAACAUUAAUAAAACACAAAAUAUAACAUACUCUCAAAAUCAAAUUAUAGAUGAUAAUUCAUCUGUAGUAUGUAAUAAGCAAAAUUCUAGCUUGUUUUCAUUUAUUACUGGACUUGUAUUAGUUAGUGCAUUAGUUAUACAUUCUAUAUUUGAGGGGAUGGUCGUUGGUAUCUCAAAGUCUGUUCCAAAGAUUUGGCUUACAACUGGAGUAAUUGUUGCACAUAAGUGGAUUGAAAUAUUGAUUGUUUAUGUUACUCUAUCUACACGAGGUAUAAAACCACUUUAUUUUGUUGCAAUCCUUGCACUUGGCUCUCCUAUUGGAGUUAUUAUUGGAGCACUUAUUUCACUUUCAAAUACUUUGGCCGAAGCAGUUUGUUCAGCUUUAGCAGCUGGAACAAUACUGUAUGUAUCUUGUGUAGAAGUGAUUCCAGAUGUUUUCCAUUCAAAGACAGGUUCAACAUUGAUUAAAUUAGUUGCCUUCAUAUGUGGCACCAUUAUUGUAUCAGCUCUAACCUUACUAGACAAUAUUGCUGAGAGCCCUGUUUAG